CUGUGAAAGGGACUGCUAGGUUCAGGUUCUCUCUGGUUCUCCCUUCGAUACCCAGGGACCCAUUUAACCCACUUUAGAGGCGUUAUCCAAGUGUUGCCCACUAUUUUUUUUUUUUUUUUAAAUUGUUUUAUCUCCCUAACACUUCAGACCAGGAGAAUUUGGAGUACUGCAGUUUCAUUCCCAUCUCCCACUGAGCAACAUUCAAGUAACAAGCCAUGGUCCUACUCUCAUCACUACUGUUCCUCCUUGGAUUCCUCACCUGGAGUCCCAGUGCAUCAUGGGCUGCUAAAGUGAUCGUGGUCCCGCCCAUCAUGUUUGAAUCUCACCUCUACAUCUUCAAGACGCUGGCUACAGCUCUGCACCAAGAGGGCCAUGAGACCCAUUUUCUCAUUUCAGAGGGUCGUGAGGUGCCCCCCUCCCCUCACUAUCAUUUACAGCGCUACCCGGGGAUCUUUAAUAGCAGCACGGCUGACAGUUUCCUCCAGUCCAAAGUCAGCAACAUUUUCUCAGGCCGCCUGACUUUUCUGGAAUUGUUUGAUAUUCUUGAUCACUACUCUCAGAAUUGUGACGCUGUAGUUGGCAGUGUUGAGGUCAUGACCCGCCUCAAGGAAGCCAAGUUUGACCUGCUGCUGGUGGACCCUAAUGAGAUGUGCGGUUUUGUUCUCGCUCAUAUCCUAGGUGUGCAAUAUGCUGUGUUUAGCACAGGCCUAUGGUAUCCUGCUGAGGUGGGUGCCCCGGCCCCACUUUCAUACGUGCCCGAGUUCAACUCCUUGCUGACAGACCGCAUGUCGUUGAUCCAGAGGAUCACCAAUACGGCUGUUUACCUGGUGCAGCGUUUUGGAGUCCAUUAUAUUGCUCUGCCCAAAUAUGACCGGAUUAUGAAGAAACAUGGAGUGAAGCCUCAAGCGGCCAUGGCUGACCUGGUGCAGGGCAGUCGACUGUGGAUGCUUUGCACUGACAUGGCUCUGGAGUUCCCCAGGCCCACCUUGCCACAUGUGGUGUACAUAGGAGGAAUCCUCACCAAGCCCCCCAGCCCGCUGCCACAGGAUUUUGAGGCAUGGGUGAAUGACACAGCAGAGCAUGGCUUUGUUGUUGUGUCAUUUGGAGCUGGGGUCAAGUACCUCUCCCAUGACAUUGCUUACAAACUGGCAGGUGCCCUUGCCAGGCUGCCCCAGCGUGUCGUCUGGAGAUUCUCAGGAGUCCCUCCUAGUAACCUUGGCAACAACACCAAGCUUGUUGACUGGAUGCCUCAGAAUGACCUAUUAGGUCAUGCCAACACAAGGGCCUUCCUGAGUCACGGUGGCCUGAAUAGCAUCUACGAGGCAAUGUAUCAUGGGGUGCCUGUGGUAGGUGUUCCCCUGUUUGGAGACCACUAUGACACCAUGACUCGUGUGGCAGCCAAAGGGAUGGGUAUCAUGCUACACUGGAAGACGAUGACUGAGGAAGACCUCUACACAGCCCUCACCAGCGUCAUUAAAGACAGCAGGUACCGCCAGCAAGCACGCCUUCUUUCCACCAUUCACAAAGAUCAGCCAGGCCAUCCUGUGACCCGGGCCGUCUACUGGAUCAGCUACAUUCUUCGUCAUCAAGGUGCCAACCACUUACGCUCUGCUGUAUAUGAUGUGUCCCUCUACCAGUACUUCCUGCUGGAUGUGAUUUUCACUGUAGCGGCUGCAGUGGCUCUUAUAAGCUUUGCUCUGUACCGGUUGGGACGAAUGCUGAGGGCAAAGUUUGGAGAUCAGAGCAGAAGAGGAGGCGUCACCAGGGAUGAUGGUAACAUGGCCAACGGACAUUGUCAUAGUGAGAGCAUGGCCAAUGGGAAACACAAACGCAAUGGCUCCUUAAAAAAUGAGAAGAAGAUGAAUUAAUGUUUUGCAUGGCCAAGAGGAAUGAGGAAGAAGUUGCCCCAACGACACAGCUCUAUGUUUGGUUUAGUGGUUUUAUAAAAGCUUGGAGACAACGCUGGUCUUAGGUCUGCGUCAAGAGGCAACUGCUACUCAGUCAAGCAAGAUCCUGUGGGAGGAUGCACAAUGGGUUGUGAGGGGACAGAACAGGGCAUCGGGUGCUCAAAAUCUGUGUGUUUGCAUGUGUGGAUGUAUGUGUAUGUGUGCACUGAGACAAAUUUAACGAAAACUCUUAACGACAGCAGCUACAGCAAUACAACACCAAAUUGGAAAGUUGUCGAGGAAGAAACACAGGAAGGACACAGUGGAGAACAUUGUUUCUAUAUGUGCAUCUUCUCUCCUGCAUGUUCUCUGUUGUCUUCCUGCCUUCCUUACCAGAGGGCAAGUUCUGAGCGCCAACCCCUCAUCCUCAGAAUAAAAAUAAACAAAAAGAAGAUAAGUUAUGAAAUAUUUAGGAUUUAAUAUUGUUAACUGCAAACUCUGCUUCAGUAAGUGUAUGGUAAACUGUAAAUAGAGGACACAUCUAUUUAUUACUGUACAAAUGCAUUUUAAUCAUGGACCUUUUUAACCUUGAUGCUAUUUUUAAUUUAUUACAUGUAAUAGUUCUUAUGAAACUGAAGUGAUGGUACACUCCCGCCUCUGAGCUAAUAUUAGCACAAUGUUGUGUCCUUGCAUUGGUGAAAGAAAAACCACUGGUAGUAAUACUAAUCAUAAGCACGCACAGGUCUGUGCUUUGUACAUUUGCAUUAGCUGCAAUAUUCAUGGUGGUCCUACUUUUAAACAAAAAAAUAUUUUAAUUAGCUUACCUUUUCACAGGGUAGUGCCAACGGGUGGCUGCACUCUGCUGUGUCUCCUUGUCACUGGACUGACAGUUUGCUGCAGCUGAGAAUAGCUCAGCUGAGGCCUGUCUGGCUUACCAGUGUGAAAAGGGCUAUUGUGCAUUUAUUAGAAGACAUGAAGGUAAUAACUACCAAGAAUACUGUGGAUAGGCCGGGCCAGAUCAUCCUCAUCUGGUCAGGUGAUUUAUGCUCAUCCGCUUUGACAGUCACUCAUCUUCAUUCCACAUUCACCAUCUAUUUAUAAAUUAUUGGGUCCCUUCAUUGCCAUUUUUGACAUGGAACAUCGUCCCUCUAUCAUGUAUUUGUUGGAUAAUGUUGCAAAUGCACAUUUUAACUUAAACCAUCGAAGUAGGACUUUCAUUCUAUUCCAUUUGAUGUUUCUUCUUUGCAAAAGGAUUGUCAGAUUACACUUAUGAUGUAAUUAUAUUACCUUAUGAGUGUGAAUGAUUCACAUUCUCUAAGAGGCCUUUUACAAUGCAAAUAUUGUGUAAACAGUAUGCUUGAAUACUGAUGUGUACAUCUCAUUGGUAGUGUUUCAAUGCUUGCGUGCUUCAGAUCACUGUACAGCUUUUGACUGAGUGUAUGAAAAAAACAAAAAAAACGGGCAUAGAAGGUUUGUAUUAGCCUAUUGACAGUCACGUAAAAAUAACCAUUGGCUUUUUUGCUACUCACUGGAGACAUGUCAUUAUACUGUGUGCCCGUAGUGAAGCAAAGAAUUGUUCUUUCAGUAAGACCAAAUUUGCCUUCAGUAGUUUUACUUAAUCAUCUUAUAUGUCUCUCCUUUCUUGCCAGCAUUAAGACGCCAUGUCUUUAAAUUCUUAAUGCAGAUGAAGGAGGGGUGUAAGGAGAAGGAAAGAGUGACAGAUACAACAACGGUGCACUCCACAUAGUUAAUAGUAAUGUGUCCCAGCAGCAAAAUUGUCUUUCUUGAACCCCUGUCAGGGAGACCAAAGUUAAAAAAAAAAUAUUCAUUGGCGUUUGUAGGGAUUUAAGAUAUAUAUAUAUAUAUUAUUAAUUGAUAUUUCAGAGAGGACAAGUGUUUAUUGACAAGAGAUGCAGAUAUCUGAUCAACAUUAAACUAUGUAACAGGCUGUUUUUUCAACCAUCAGGCCGCAUUAAUUUUCCCGUUGCACAGUCAACACACAAUAUCUACAUAGUUUUGCAGGUUUCAGAGCUAAAACUUGGCAUCUUAGCAAAGAAAUUGUUUACCAAAUUAUUUAAGAACUGCAAUGUAAAAUGAAACAGAAGAAAUGCUAUCACUUAACCAGUUACAUUUUCUGAGGUGUUAGCAUCCCACAUGUUCACGAAUACUGUGUAAUAUGUGAAAAAAGCUUCAUGAUCUUCCUUUCUCUGUGAGCUUUAAAAAA